AUGGCCGAUAUAAUCAUUCUUUCCGUUCGCCAACAACAGGCCAGUCCUGGAACCGUAUACCACGCCCUUUAUGGACACUACUUUUUGGGUAUUUCCCAAAAGAAUUUGGCGAUCAUUUACGGAAAAAGCCUGUCCACUAUUUAUGGUUGGAUUCAAAAGUUUGAAAGCGAGGGACUUUACCGAAGGAAAAAACGAGCUCAGGUCUUCAAUAAGUUCCAGUCGGAAAUGCGACAAUGGUUGGUGGAGCUUUAUUGCAAGCAUCCUCUUUUAUUUUUGGACGAAGCCAAGGAGAUGUUCCAGGCACAUUUCCAGAUGACAAUAAGUACUUCAUCCGUCUGUACUAUUCUGCACGAGGCAGGCCUGUCGUGGAAAACCAUUGAGAGAAGAGCUAUUCAAAUUCGUAUGGAAGAAAUAGUGCGGUUUGUGAAUGAGCUCCUCGCCAUACCAUGGGAUAUUUUCAAUUUAGUUUUCCUCGAUGAGAAACUGUUUGAACACUGUGGAUACUUCCCUGGAGGAUUUUUCAGCCCUGAGAAAGGCUUAACGCAAGAUCCAAAUGAGGUCGAUUUGAAUAUUGUUCCCAAUUAAUAUAAGAGCAAGUUUUGAAACGUUUACUGUUAACAAUAAUGAACU